AUGUCUGCAACCAAUACAGCCACACAAAAUGACGAGCUGGUGCCCUUCACCAUUUUCACCGGAAUUCAGAAAGGGCUAAUCAUUAGCAUUGUCUCAAUUGUUGCGACCCUGUCCGGCUUUGCUUCAAAUAUAUAUUUCCCGGCCAUACCUCAGGUUGCUGAAGACCUGCAUAUCUCGAUAAACCUUGUCAAUUUAACCGUCACCUGUUACAUGAUAUUUCAAGGUCUGUCGCCUACCAUCUGGGCAGCAAUGGCGGACUCGAAAGGCCGGCGCCUCACUUUCAUCUGCACCCUUUUGAUUUUCAUCGCGGCGUGCAUCGGGCUGGCCGAAACAAAAAGCUAUGCACAGCUCCUUGUUCUCCGCUGCUUACAGAGCACUGGUAGUGCAAGCACAAUUGCGCUUGGCGCCGGGGUCAUUGGGGACAUGACCACAAGAAAGGAGCGUGGAGGUCAUAUGGGUGUCUUUCAAGGUGGCCUAUUGCUCCCAGUUGCCAUCGGUCCGGUCGUUGGUGGCCUAUUAUCCGAGCGCUUGAACUGGCUAUCGGUAUUCUGGUUUCUGUCAAUCUAUGGGGUCGCUUGUUUAGCACUUAUCGUUGUUUUCUUACCAGAGACCUUGAGGUCGAUCGUUGGAAACGGCUCAGUGGAAGCCACCGGUUCUGCAAAGUCAUUCUUAGGGACCUUCCAGAGGAAAAGAUACUUGAAGACAAAGAUAGGCUGUGCACCCAUGUCUCAGCACUGUCUGGAAAAGCAAAGGAAAAUGAAUUUCGCGGGACCAUUGAAGGUACUGGCUCAUCUCAACACUUGCACCUCCGUGUUGUUUGUCGGCGUCCAUUAUAUGGUCUGGCAAAUGGUACUCACCGCACUAUCAACACUCGCUAAAGAAACCUACCACGUUAGUGAGAGUAAAAUAGGUCUGCUAUUUUUGGUCAACGGAGUAGGGUCGAUUAUUGGAACCUUGGUUAUAGGGAAGUUUCUUGACUACGACUACCGGAGGAUGAUUGAGGCAUACGGUGGGGUUGAAGAGCGGGUUCCAGCCGAGAAGGCACGAUUGCGGACUAUUUGGAUCUGGAGUGGUGUUCAAUGUGUUGCAGUGCUUGUCUUCGGUUGGACUGUGAGGUCACAUACGCACAUCUCGGUCCCAAUCAUUGCGCUUUUUGUGCUUGGGUGGACGGCAAUAUCGAUUCAGACCGUGGUGUCAACAUUCCUGGUUGAUAUCCAUCCAGAUCAAAGUGCAUCGGCCACCGCCGCUCUAAAUCUUGUACGUUGUCUGUUGGGGGCGGGCGGAACAGCAUUCAUCAAUCCGCUGAUCGAGAAAAUCAACAUCGGGUGGACCUCGACCUUUCUCGCAGCUUUGAUGCUACUGCUGAGUGCUGGAACUCUUGUUAAAGUAGUAUAUGGCUCGGCUGUACGGGCAAAAGCUGCAUCUAGGGAUGUUGAACAAGGGGAGCGAAGUAGUUAA